GUACCAGCACAGCCAGGACCCCUCCAGCCCGGUAGCCGAUGAGCACACCCUGAUAGCCACCUAUGUGAUGCGGCUGCAGAGCGGGGCACGUGUCCUGGACAGCCCGGGGCGGCUGGACGAGGAGCACAGGCUGAUUGCCAGAUACGCCGCGCGCUUGGCUGCCGAAGCUGGGAAUGCCCCUCGGCCGCCGACAGACCUGGGCUUCAGCUUUGAUGCCAACAAACAACAGAGGCAGCUGAUAGCAGAGCUGGAAAACAAAAACAGGGAGAUACUUCAGGAAAUUCAGCGGCUCAGGCUGGAGCACGAACAAGCCUCUCAACCUACCCCCGAGAAAGCACAACAGAACCCAACACUGCUGGCUGAGCUCAGGCUUCUACGGCAGAGGAAGGAUGAGUUGGAGCAGAGGAUGUCAGCACUUCAGGAAAGCAGAAGAGAACUGAUGGUGCAGCUGGAAGGGCUGAUGAAGCUGCUCAAA